AUGCCCACCCCCGCGCCCGCCGAGGGCGACGCCGCGACGGCCAAGCUCGGCGUCUGGAAACAGGCCCUCUACGAUCGAUGUCGCGAGUCUGGAACAGACAUGUUCUCUCAGGAUGAUCUCAUGCGCCUCGAUGUCAUUCCCAACCGAGAUCUCAUGCUCCUCGCCCGUGUCGUUCAAUCCCUCACAGAUGACAAGCUUUUCAUCACCAUGCGCGAGGCCUCGGGCCAAGUGCUAUGGAAAUGGCGCGACUCUGAAGAAGCCCACAAGUACAAGCAGUGCUCGACCGACGAACAGGUCAUGGUUUACUCUCUUAUCGACGACUCGGGCGGCGACGGUAUCUGGUCGCAGACGCUACAGAAGCGACUGAACAUGCACGACUCGGUCCUCAAGAACGCACUUAAGCAACUUCAGACAAAGGGUCUGAUUGCGCCCUUCAAGAAUGUCGAGCACCCGAACAAGAAGAUGUUCAUCAAGGCCUCCAUACGGCCCAGCGAUCGCGCCACCGGCGGCCCGUGGUAUACCGACCAGAACUUUGACGAGGCCUUCGUCGAAGAGCUACAGCGAUUUGUAUAUGAUUUUAUCAAGCGUCAGAGCAGCUACCACAGUACACAUGGGGGAGGUGCUGCGCGGACGCAAGUGCCCAAGAAGGGUGUCGUAAAAGGCGGCGUGGAAAAGGGCAAGAAGCGAGAUGCUAGUCACAUGGAUGAGCCCCCAGCGAAAGCCACCAAGAUUUCUCCUACAGCGACCGUUAAAAAGGAUGCCCUCCUCCCUCUUCCUGCUGGAUACACAGGCUACCCAACCGUACGCGACAUCGCUCGUUUCCUCUCCGCAAAUGGCAUCACCCACAACACCAUUCUCUCCGAGCACGACGUACAGAAGCUUGUAGACGUACUUGUCUGGGACAACCUCAUCGAAUCAGUCAAAGUUGCUGGUAAGGUCGGAUACCGCGUAUCUCGCAUCGCCAAGCAGUCUUUAGAAAGCUGGGCUGGUCGAGAUGACCCCACAGGUCGUGAAGGUGGUCCCGAGCUUCUCGUGAGUGCCUUCACUGAAGCACCCUGCGGACGCUGUCCAGUGUUUGAGAUCUGCGAAGAGGGCGGUCCUGUAGGUCCGAAUAACUGUGAAUAUUUCAAAAGGUGGUUGGGUGUUGAAUAG